GCCUCAUCGGCCAGUUCAAAACGAUCAAACAGUCGUUACAAAACGACAAGAGAAUGGAAGCAUUCUAUCUCUUGUGCUCAAUCCUCUCCACAUUUUUUACUUCCCUCGCUCUCUCCCUCCUCCUUCCCUUCCGCACGGUCUUCCGCCUCCUUCAUCCGCCGCUGACGUCUCCUUCAUCCGCCGCUGACGUCUCAGACUCAGUUUCUCUGUACGAAGGCACCGUGUGGCACGAGCGCCGUCGCCCUGUCCGCCACUCUUUCAAGUAUCCCGUACGCUACGCGCUCUUCGACCUUGACCAUGCGCUCCACGCGCCGCUUGACCAUCUCUCCGCUGGAGAAGCUCGCCGAGUGGCUGAGACUAAUGGACCAGUUUUACUCUUAACUAUACCUCGUAGUGUGGGAUAUGAACAAAAUCCUUUGAGUUUGUAUUACUGCUAUCAAGUGGAAGGCUCUACUCAGUGUUUGAAGAAAUGCAUUGCUGAGGUAACUAAUACACCAUGGGGCGAAAGAGUAACAUUUGUUUUUAAUCCCAAUUCAGAUUUGGUGGCUAAACCAUUACAUGUCAGUCCUUUUAUGGAUAUGCUUGGGACUUGGAACAUCAGGGCUAAUUCUCCUGGAGAGAAUUUAAAUAUAUCAAUCUCAGUUCAGCAUCCUCAGCUUGGUGACUAUUUUGUAGCUACCUUGAGAGCAAAAAGGGUCUCCUCAGUAAUGGUGUCUGAUCAUGCCAUGUUCUUCUGGUUAAUGCCUCAUAAGGUUGCACUGUGGAUAUAUUGGCAUGCGAUUAAGCUAUGGUGGAAAAAUUUGUCAUUUAUCCAACACCCUAGGUAUACUAACCCAGAGUAUAGGAAGGAAGCUUUGAUACGUGAUCAGAAACUUCAAUGCUGUCCAGCUGUUGGAGGCAAUAAUGAUAAUUAUUUGCAAGUUGAAGGAAGUGAUCUGAGAUAUCAGGCUGACCGGAAUAUUGGGGAUCGUUGGUUUGCAUGGAGAGAUGCUAAGUGGCCUUGGUCUUGAAUGUUAUCGGUAAGCCUUUACGUUGUCUGGUUCAAUAUUAAAAGAUGCUUUUUCUUAUUCUUCCUAUGUAUAGUUUGUUACCAAUAUAUGUGGGGUUUGCCACGCUCAUUGGUAUGCAAUAAAUAUUUUAUGACUGAAUGGUAUUUCCCAUUUGAAGGGAAGAUACUCACUGAGCUCCCUUUUUUCUUCAGUAA